AUUCCAUCACUGCCGAGAUAUUUGUUUUCAUAUGGCCUUCUUUGUUCCAACCUCCAAUGGGACACGGGGAGGCGUCUAUUCCUCCAGGUAUUUAUGUGGAUGAUGGUCUGUAGUUACACUACGCUUUCUCUCACCACGACAUCCUACUAUGGCCACAAGUCACCAAAUGCCUCGCAACCCGACCAGAGUCCCAGAGGACGACAGUCAGGACGAUGCGGCUAUUAUCACGAAGACUACUAUUGGUAUACCAUCAUGUGGAGACAUUCUCUCGACUCCGCCCCGCAUCAAUCGAGUCUUUGGGCUUGUAACGCCCGACUCUCCCUCACAACGCAACUCCUGUCAGUUUGGUUCCACCUCUCCACCUCGCACUCCUACCAGGUCUCGCGGCGUCCCGAAGGACACGAAGUCUCCGACCUUUACCGGAAACCCAUCUGAACGAUCUAGCGGGCCAGGGCUUGUGACGCCCGAUCAUACCCCUCCACGUGAUAGCAAAGCCAGACCCAUACCUAUCCGGCGUAGGGAAGAGACGAAAGACAAAUCGGAGCUGAGCCGCUCUCUUGAAACCACAUCAAAUAUAGUGCUCGAGGUCUUGGAAACUUUUCAACAUCAGGCAGAAGACAUUCCGUAUACAGGAAAGCCUGGGCAAUCAAAGACACUAUGCAGUGGCAUCACCAAGAAGACAUGCACAGAACCAGCCAAAGCCCCUAACCAUCAUGAACAGCAUACCAGUCCUCCUGCCUCUACUUCAUCCGUGGGGGUGAGAGGUCCUCAGCGCCGGCAAUCCAAGGAUACCGCUGCGAAUCCAACGACAGAUGUGAAUUCGAAACUAUGUGGGCAACUCACACGGCUUGGCAAUCCAUGCAAAAUACGACUCAAACCUCCCGCUCAAUACUGUCGUCAUCAUUGGCAACCCGCAAGUCAUAACACUCCUACCUCCCCCACCACACCGAAUACCACUGCAAAGCCAGCGACAGAUGUGAAUUUGAAAUUAUGUGGGCAACUCGCACGGUUUGGCAAUCUACGAGUCGAACCUCCCGCUCAAUACUAUCGUCGUCAUUGGCAAUCCGCAAAUCAUGACACUCCUACCUCCCCCACCACACCGAAUACCACUGCGAAGCCAACGACAGAUGUGAAUUCGAAAUUAUGUGGGCAACUCACACGGCUUGGCAAUCCAUGCAAAAUGCGAGUCAAACUUCCCGCUCAAUACUGUUGUCAUCAUUGGCAACCCGCAAGUCAUAACACUCCUACCUCCCCCACCACACCGAAUACCAUUGCGAACCAACGACAGAUGUGAAUUCGAAAUUAUGUGGGCAACUCACACAGCUUGGCAAUCCAUGCAAAGUGCGAGUCAAACCUCCCGCUCAAUACUGUCAUCAUCAUUAAUCCGCAAGUCAUGGCACCGUCCGGGAAAUAGUCCAAUGUGUGACAUUUGAUGACGAGGGAUUCAAAGUACGGCGACCCGGGCAGGAAGAAGGUUUCCGUCCGCUUUUGUGAUUAUAUACCUGGAUACCUGCAACCCGAUACCCAAAAGAAACUUCGAAACACCAUCAAAAAGGGUCUCGGGGAAAGAGACAGGAAAUCAGGCUAU